UGCCUUGAGUGAAUCAACAGAGGAAGAAAACCCGACAGUAGCUCACAAUGCAGUUUGACUGCUACGAGUUAUCCACCCAGGCUUCAUGCAUGUCUCAGCUUCCCAAAUAAAAAUGAAGAAAUCCAUUUUCCCGUUUUGACGAUCGGGACGAAAAGCAAGCUUUCAUAAGUCCAUUUUCACGUUACGCUUGAGGAAAAAACAGCUUCUGCUGCGGACACCGGCGAAAUCUCCAGCUUGACCGCACACAGUGGAUCCAACAGCGGGCCGCGGAAGGAGGUGCCCAGCCUGCGCUGACGGGGCUGCGCUCAACAUCCGUGACGGUGCAACUCCAGCCCGAGGCCUUGGGGCCUGUUGUAUAUUAUUAUCGUUUUAAAUGGAGGCUCGUACGAACGGAGAAGCCAGAGGAAGAUGGCCCUCUCUACAGCGCGAGUGAUGAAAGUGACAAUGUCUUGACAGAAAGACAGUAAGUGGAAUAUCUAGAAGCUUUUAUAAUCGCUGUGUUAUUAGAUAAAACAGGCCCGGUGAUGCCCAGACAUGACUGUACUCAGACUGCAGUGUGCUCACACCAUACAGCCUCCACUGGACUCGAUUAAAUUAUAAGACAGGAACCUUAAACCACAUUUUCAUCUGAGAUACGCAACACUGGUACUGGAGGCGCUGGUUUUUAUUCAGUAUCUGUUGUAAAGUCCCCCAGGCCGGACCAGGGUGUGUUUUUAUUAAGUGCCUUUGUCGGGCAUUGACAUGGACGGUCCCAGUCGAAGCGGAGGCUUCAGGCAGAGCCGUCGCUCCCGCUCGCAGCGUGACCGAGAGCGGCGGCGGAGGAGAGCGGAUCUCGCUGAACACAGGGCCUCGUCGCCAUCCUCGGCCUCGGACCAAGAACUCUGCAGAGGACACUCACUGCUCCGUGCCAGCGGAGAAGAAUGCAGACCCGGCUUGCCCGGGGCCAGACACCGGCCUCCGCGUCGGAGGAAGCGAGAAUCGGUGUCUUGCGAGGAGGAUAUCAUCGAUGGAUUCGCUAUAGCCAGCUUCAUAAGCCUGGAGGCCUUGGAGAUGGACUGUUCCCUAAAGCCUCCAGAACGUUCUGGCUUGUUCAUGAGUAGAGGAAUUAAAAGGAAGAGAGGCCUGGAUGAAAACGGAGGGCCUCUGUCAGAGCCGGAGGAAGGACCUCCUGCUAUGUACACCAACAGUUGGGAGCAGCACAGGAAAAUCAAAUCUAAACUGAAGAGAAAGGGAGAUGCUAAGGUAUCUGGGAAUCACAUGGAGACAGGAUAUAUUUGUGAUACAGAGAGUGAAUCAGGGGAUAAGGCCUCUGACAAUAUGGAGCCAGCAUUCAUCGUUUGCACAACAGAAGCAGUUAACUCCAACUCUGCAAGCACUGCUGCAGGCAACGGUUGCCCUCUCUUGCCCUCAAAGAGCUUGCAACCCCUUCUGUCAGUCACACCUCGGGUCUCUGGCCUGGAGAGGAGUCAGGAGAGGAGUAUGGAGCAGCCUUACCCUGAGCCCAUCUCUACCUCAUCCUCUCUGCCUAGCCUUGCAGCCCAUUCCACUGCCUCGGUCUCCAACUCACUUCCAGAGCUGCGUAAUGGAAAUGGUGGUCCCUAUCACCGCCAUGAUCCUAGCCCACCACAGCACAAACACAAGCCUUUCCCUUUCCUUGGAAAGUCACAAUCAAUCUACAGCAACAACAGGAGCAGUACCUCAGGCAAGCCUCCAUCUUCGUCAGCCUCUUCUUUAUCAAUCAGACCGCCUACUCCUGCUACAAGUGCGUCCCUUGUUCGAGGCCCAGGUGGUGUGGGGACAAUAAUACCUUCCUCUCGACCAAGUCCUGGUGCUGUCUUCACGCCGUCCCCCAACCUUCCCCCACCACCUCCUCUCCUGCAGGUGUCACCCCACACUUCAACAGAUCAGGAUCUGAUCUGUCAGGACCUGCCAGACUCAAAUGCUGGCUCUGCACCUGGAGGACCAUCUGUGUCAAACUCGAGCUCUGGGACAUCUAGCAGAUCCUCCCAGGCCCAAACGUCUAUCCCUACAAUGGCCUACCAGUUCCAUCAGCACAAUCACCAGCACCAGCACACUCAUACUCACCAACACUUCUUACAUCCCACAGCUGCACCACCACCACUGUUUGAUAAGUAUCCAAGCAAAAUAGACGGUCUCUUUCGACACCCAUUUUUUCCUCAGUACCCACCCCCAGUGCCCGUUCUUCCGCCCACAGGACCUUUCAGAUCAUUGCAUGGAGCUUUUCAGCCUAAGGGAGCUGCUCCAGAGAUGGCUGCUGGUUUGGGAGUUGUACCGCCCCACCUUCCACCUAAAGCUCCAAGGCUAACAGACCCAUUUGCACCACCACCAAAAGUCAGUAAUAAGCCUGGAAAAUGGUGUGCUAUGCAUGUCCGUGUUGCUUGGAUGAUUCUAAGGCAUCAAGAAAAAGUCAAGCUUAUGCAUGCUGAUCCACAAAAGCUGGACUUCCGUAAUGACCUGUUGCCUCGACUCCCUGGCCCUGGUAUUGGUAGACUAGGAGGUCUAGGACCACUUGGUGGUCCCCUUGCCCCAACUCCUGAUCUUACAAGACCAGGAAGCCUGUUCACUGGUGGAGUCAAUCCGUCCUCCACACCAUUCAUGCCUCCAUCAACGCCCCAUUCCUCUUUCCUCACCUCAGCAGCACAUCUGGACCCAUAUGUUCGUUCAUCCUCCUACUCUUCUUUGGGAGCCCUGAGUUCUGGUGCCUUUGGAGGCCUAGGCAGCCCCACGAUAGUUGCCAAUGUUUUUGGACAUAAGGCCGAGCCCUCUGCAAGUGCAGUUGGAGGACUGGGUAACCCCCAUGAUCCAUGGAAUCGUCUGCAUGUUACCCCUGCCUCUUUCCCCUCUGGAUCGUCCUGGGCAAAAGGACCAGAGAAGAGAGAUGAUAGAGGAAAGGAUGUGGAAAGAAGAGAACCCACUCAUAUAAAAGACGAAAAGGACAGAGACAGUCUCUUGUAUGGACGCCAGCCAGUGCGAAUGUCACCUGGUGUCCCAUCCCUCAAGCAUCGCAGCAGCACCCCCAGUUCACAUCUAAAUGGCUUGGGCCCACUGAACGGAGGUGGAGUUCAGUCAGAUGGCCAAAGCAGAGAGCGUGAAAGAGAAAGAGAACGGGAGUCAGACAAGAGACAACAUUCUGCAUCCAGGGCACCAGUGUCAGCUUCCUCCGCAGCACCAGACAGACCUCGAUCUUCAACAUCGUCUAUUCUCACAACCUCUCCUUCUAACGUCCCCUUAGCCCCCUCUCCUCUGGAUCUGUUUCACCGACAGCCACCGCACACACUCAGCACAGAAUCCAGCCAUUCUUCGCAAGGAGAGAACAAUGGUCCAGCCUCUUCUAGUUCGCUUCCAGUCAAGAAGCCUGAUCGUACCACAACUCCGGUAUCCAAACCUGCACUUGGUCUAACCUCUGGGUUGCUCCUCCCCCAAGUCAAGGUCAAAGAAGAGCGUAAAGAGGAGCCUGAGCCAGUGCCCAUCUCUUUACUGCAUUCCGCCGUGCCUUCACACAAUUUUGAACGGCCUAAUAGUCGGCACCCACACCAUCCAUCCACUCCUUCCUCAACCCUCUCAUUGACACCUACACCUGGCGUGCCUCUUCCUCCACCAACUUCGCACCCUCCACACCAUCCUCUGUCCUUCUUAGAUCGUCCACGGUGUAUUGAUCCCUAUCUUGGUGGUGCUGGAGGCUCAGCCGGACUGGUAUUAGGUGCUGCAGUUGAUCGUUUCCCACCACAUCCACAUGGUCCUCCACAAGGUCAUUCCCAAGCCACUCACUUUCCCUGGGACCCUUGGAGGGAUCUGGCCACUCAACAGCAGCAACGCAGGGAAGUAUUGGCUCUGAGGUCAGAUCCCCACCUUGCACUUCGCUCUGAUCCACACUUGUCUAGACUUCUCCAGCAUCAGCAGGUACAGCGUUAUUUGGAGGCCGAGAGAGCUGCAGUAGCGGCAGCUGUGGCAACCAGCCCACACCAUCCACCAGCACCUACCUCUACGUCCUCUGCUUCAUCCUCAGUAGGCAGGCCAGAGUUCGGUUUGAUGUGCCACCCGUUCGAUGAGGAACAACGUGCUCAGUUACUGCGGGGAGGAGGAGUGGGGAAAAGAGGUUUCCUCCAGUCAGCCUUUUUAAGCUACGAGUAUGCCUAUGUGUUCCCCACCACUACUGUGGUUGAGCGUCCAGCGAAGCGUCAGUAA